AAAAGACUUUGGCCAUCUAUCCAGGAAUCAUCAACACAAAUAAUACAAGCAAUCAUCAGAAGAUAUCUGCAUAAAAAUGGUGGCACUAGACUUGAGAAAUCCUCCCUCCGCCGCCACGACCGUCAAGGAGGACCAGCAGUUCACCAUCUUCAUCGACGGCGUGGAGACAGCCCUCCACGAGGGUGUGAUCCAGUGGAACGGCGGCACGGUCACUUUGGUCAGCACGGGUGUCCUCGCGGUCGACCGUCUCCAGCACGUCCUGGUGCGCGGCGGGGGCAGUGGUGACGUGAGCUUCACCCGGUGCGGCUUCGCGGCCGCGGAGGCCUGCGGGGUCGCGUCGUUCCAUCGGUGCGACGCCGUGCGGGCGGACGGGGCGCGGGAGGUGGCCGUGCGCCGAUGCAGGUCCGCGGACGUGGAGCGCGCCGGCGUGGUGGCCAUCCGCCGGUGCAAGGGCGCCGCGCGCGUGCGCGGCGCGGGGGAACUUCACGUCGGGCGGUGCCACGAGGCCAACGUGGGCGGGUGCGCGGACGUCGCGGUAGGCCGGUGUCGCGCCGCGCGCGCCGACUGGUGCGGCGCGAUCGGCAUCGAGCGGUGCGGGUCGGCGGACGUGAGUCGGUGCGGCGCCGUCCGCGUGGAUCGAUGCCGCGCCGCGUCCGUGUCGGGCUGCGGCAGCGUAGCGGUGCGCCGUGGCAAGGUGAACGUGAUCGAACAGCCGCCGGUUUGUCAAGAGAAGCCGAUGUACCACCUCGUCCACGCUGAGCCAGUCUACGCGAUCCCUUUGGAAAUAUCGAGCGAGAUUAAAUUGCAGUAGACCGGGCAGUGCCAGCGGGCUAAAGGUCUGAUAUGCUGAUGAUAUAUAUGCGUGUCGGUGUGAUAAGUAUACGUAAUAUACUAUUGUAAUAUAAUGUGUGGUUUGUACGGAGUAUAUAUGCACAAGGAUUAUACUUUUAAAUAAAGGGACAACGUUGACAAAUGUAA